CGGGGAGAAAAAGAAACCCCUCGAAUCCGAUGAGGUCCAAAACCCCUAUCUUUCAGAAAAUGGCAACAGCAAUGGCCUCAUUCUCCACCCUACACCAUCUCUCGUUCUCGCUCUUCUCCAAUCCCUCUCUCUCCCUCAGACCCUUCCGUUCAUUUCCUCGCAUCAUAAACUGUUCACGCUCCUCGCUCUCCUCUUCCUCUUCUUCUUCUUCCCCUUCCACAUCUUCCCUACAAUUCAACAUCUCCUUCGCGCCCCCUAAACCCAAGCCCAAGCCCCCCAUGUCUGACCAGCUUUUGGACCCCGACGACCUCUCCAGCGAUCAGCUGAUCAUUCCGUGGAUUGUCCGCGGCGAGGAUGGAAACCUCAAGCUCCAGAUGCACCCUCCUGCCCGUCUUCUCCACGCCAUGGCCAAUGCCGAGACCGAAAAGAAGAAGAAUAAGAAGAAGGAUAAGAGCCUUGAUAAAGUUAGCCCGGAGCCGAAGUAUUCCAAGGCCGCCAGAAGGUUCUUUAACGAGAAUUUCAAAAAGCCUGAGCAGCGCCUCAGCAAGGUUCUCGCCGCUACGGGAGUGGCGUCGAGGCGGAAUAGCGAAGAGCUUAUAUUUGAAGGAAAGGUUACUGUUAAUGGUUCUGUGUGCAAGGCUCCUCAGACGCGAGUUGAUCCUGCAAGGGAUGUAAUUUAUGUCAAUGGGAACCGCCUUCCUAAGAAGCAGCCUCCAAAGGUGUAUUUUGCCCUGAACAAACCAAAAGGGUACAUCUGCUCAUCUGGUGAUGUAGAGUCUAAAUCCGUGUUGUGUCUAUUCGACGAAUAUUUGAAGAGUUGGGGUAAAAAGUAUCCAGGACCACCCAAACCACGAUUAUUCACCGUAGGUCGCCUUGAUGUUGCCACUACUGGGUUGAUUAUUGUGACCAAUGAUGGAGAUUGUGCUCAGAGACUUUCACAUCCUUCAUCUAACUUAACGAAGGAAUAUAUUGCAGCAAUAGAUGGCAUUGUCACUAAGAGGCACUUAUUUGCGAUCAGUGAGGGGACAGUGAUUGAGGGUAUCCAUUGCACUCCAGAUUCAGUUGAGUUACUACCGCGACAAACAGAUAUAUCAAGGCCUCGUCUUCGCAUCGUGGUUCAUGAUGGGAGGAAACAUGAAGUUCGAGAGCUCGUGAAAAGUGCCGGACUUGAGAUCCAUUCAUUAAAGCGGGUAAGAAUAGGUGGCUUCAGACUUCCAUCAGAUCUCGGGUUAGGGAAGCACAUUGAACUAAAACAAAGCGAUCUGAAGUUACUGGGUGGGAUAAGUUAAGGAACCAGCUGAUUAAGAAAGCUUCAGCUUCAAAGUGUUGCCAGGAAAUUCACCAAUACCUUGUUGUUAUGGGUGGGGGAACCAUUGGGUUGUGAUUCCAAUCCCAUGGGAGGACAUAAUUUGGAUAACAGGAGUUGAACUGCAUCUUGUGUAUGCCACCAUUGGUAGCAAUGCAAGUGAUCUUUAUUGCAGAAUUUAAAGAUCAAAUCGUACUGCGAAAGAGAGGUGUGGUUAGAUCAUCCAUAUAGAUGUGGAAAAUGCAGGUUACAACUGCUAUCUUUACGUGGACAGUGCAGAUGAUAAAGGAUGGUUAUACUAAAAGUGUGUUGGCUUUUAAUUAAAGAUCCGAAGCUGUAAUGAUUUUACCUCAGAAGUCGAAGCAUAUACAAAAAGCAAUAUGUUGUCGCCUCCAUGUAAGGAAUUAUGUUGUGUUCUGCCCUUUAAACCAAAAAUUAAUUUGAAAUGAUUUUACGUAAU